AUGCUGUCAAUUCUUUCUCUUCUUCUGAUUCCUGUGGCGAUCGCUCUGCGUCGUCUUUGGAUCAAAUGGCAGGAGGAUCGAGCAUAUGCGUCACUGAACGUGCCAGUCAUCAAAGGCUCAGAGACAACUGACUACAAGGCUCUCAUACGUAGCCAAUAUGUGAAUGACCCGGAACAAGUUUUCAUUCUCCAAACCCCGUUCAGACGUGUCAUUGUGCUCCCAGAUAGGCUGGUCAACGAAUAUACCUGGCUUCCUGAGGCGAGUGUCACUUCCGCUGGCGACCUCUGUGAACGAUUCCUGGGAGACUACACAUGCGUUGGAUCAAUGUAUCCCGACACACCUGGGGACCGCUCCCACACCGCCAUCGGAUACGCCAAGCAGCAGCUUACAAAGAAUGCUAGCUUCAUCAUGCCUACUGCCCACGAUGAGAUUGAGGCGUCCAUAGCUGAGAUCUUUGGCGAAUGUAGUGACUGGACAGGGUUUCCGCUGCACCAAGCAAUGUGCAAGAUCAUGCUGAGGGUUUACCAGACUGUUUUUGUGGGAGGAGAGCUGGCUCGCAACGAAACAUGGAUGAAAUACUGCACCGAGCAUUCUGCUGCGGCGAUGCGAGCGGCCGUUGCCUUGUCGAAGUGGGAUCCCAUCCUCCGACCAGUGGCUGCGUUGUUCAUACCGGAGAUGCGAGACCUGCGCCGCAGAUUCAACAUCCUGCGGGACUUUGUUGCGCCGAUUCACAAGGCUCGUUUCACGGAGAUGCAGAAGCCCGGUUUCAAGAACCCACACGACUUGGUGCAACACUUCAUCGAGAAUGCUGGCAAAGACAAGCACAACACGUCGAAGCUCAUUGAAGGGUUCGUGAUUCUCAAUUUCGCCGGCGUUGUGAGCACCGGUACAGUGCUCACACAAGCGCUCUUUGACCUCGCGGCGCACCCCGAGUAUAUCGAGCCGCUGCGAGAGGAAAGCCGCUCGCUCGUCGCCAGUGAGGGCACAAUCAGGCUCCGUCCAGCCAGCCUGGCGAAGCUGCAGAACAUGGACAGCUUUUUCAAGGAGUCGCAGCGUUUCAACCACGCGAACCUGCUAUCCGUUUACCGCAAGAUCAUCAAGCCGCUCCCUCUCACAAACGGCAUGACGCUGCCGGCUAAUUCGUACGUGGCGGUGUCAAAUGCGUACGCGGUUAUCUCAGGAGAGAAGAAGCAGCCGCACGAGUUCAACGGGUUUCAGUGGGCCGAAAAGCGCGCUAUUGCCGGCAAUGAGAGCAAGUAUACAUAUGUCUCUGUUGGACCCGAGUCUGUGGAAUUUGGUGCGGGCCGAAAUGCCUGCCCUGGCCGUUUCUUUGCGACGAACGUUCUCAAAGCGACGCUGUCGAGGCUGCUUCUGGAAUACGACUUCAAGCUUCCUGACGGGAAGGAUAGGCCGGUCAACAAUUUCAACCACCUGUUCUCCCUGAUCUAUGACACGACGGCAACUUUGGAAUUUAGGAAGAAGGGGAAGCAAGGUUAA